CGCGCACGCGAGUGUUGUGUAGUGACAGACAAACAGACAAGUUCAGUUCUAUAUAUAGCUCUAAAAGAAGUGCAAAAGUUCGCUUGAGAGUCUGCAAGAACCAGCAGCAUGAAGCGGCUACGGUGACAAUGUGAUGCCAUGGAUCUGCACACGCCGCUGUACGAGCACGCCCCCCUGCUUGAGGUGGAGGGGCUGGAGCAGCAGAAGGUGCUCAUCCACGCGCCCAUCCAGACGCAGGAGAUGAUCGGCGAGCACAGGACUGGAGAGUAUGAAUUCGCAGAUGAGCAGUACCACGCGCACAGCAGCAGCCAGAGCAGUGAUGGUCACGGCGGCGUGAACCAACUGGGCGGAGUGUUCGUGAACGGGAGACCGCUGCCCGACGUGGUCCGACAGCGGAUAGUGGAGCUGGCCCACAGCGGCGUCCGACCCUGCGACAUCAGCAGGCAGCUGCGGGUCUCGCACGGCUGCGUCUCCAAGAUCCUGUCCAGGUACUACGAGACGGGCAGCUUCAAGGCGGGAGUGAUCGGGGGGUCGAAGCCGAAGGUGGCGACCCCACCGGUGGUCGACGCCAUAGCAGCUUACAAGAGGGAAAACCCCACCAUGUUCGCCUGGGAGAUCCGCGACCGGCUGCUCAGCGAGGGCAUCUGCAGUCAGGACAACGUGCCCUCCGUGUCCAGUAUUAACAGGAUCGUCCGCAACAAGGCCGCGGAGAAGGCGAAGCACGCGCACAACCAGCAGCAACAGCAGCAGCAGGAGCAGGAGAUCAGCUCGGCGCAGGGCAGCGUGGUCUCGGUGAUAACGCACGCGGGCAGCGCGCCGGGAGCGACAGCGGUGCUGACGCCGACGUCGGAGCAGCACGUCAACAGCACCGGCAGCUACAGCAUCAACGGCAUCCUGGGCAUCGAGCAGGUCGACCUCCACAACGGCAACGGCCUGAAGAGGAAGAGACAUGAGGAUCAGGACGAGAACAGAGACUUCAAUGGGCAUUCAGAAGACGACGUGAAGAGACAGAGGAAUCACUACAACGGGGAUCAGAUAUACUCUAAUCUGUGGUCAUCAUCGAAAUGGAGCCUGAAGGACGAAUACAAGCUGCUGUCGGAGCUGGGCAACGUGGGUGUGGGCAGCGUGGGCGGCGUGGGCGUGGGCGUGGGCGGCGUGGGCGGCGGCUACUACGGCGAGCUGUUCGACGCGCCCUACGAGCACGCCGCCCAUCCUCAUUAUACGCCGCAUUCUGCGACCAACGACUCCGGCGGGUCGGGGGCGGAGCCGCCGUCGGGCGCGGGGAGCCCCGACACCGCGCUCGUGGUGCUGCAGCCGCCCGCGCCGCCAUACCCGCCCUACGCACACUAUGACGGCACGGCGACGCUGGCGAGCGAGUACGCGUACGCGGCGCCCUACCCCCAGUACUCGCCCUACGGCGGGCCCUACACGCACUCCGCCGCCACCGGCCUGCUGUCCAAGUGAUAUCAGCGAACGCCGUGCGAGCAGUAGCAGGCGCGCCACAACGAAAAGUGACAAAGGACACAGUGACAGUAAUCAGUUUGACGUUGACAGUGUACAAUACAGAAUACUAGGUCUCUACCCCAUGUCUUCCCAGACCACAAGCUACCGGCAGCGCCAACGCGGACAGAAAUAGAACUAAGCGAGUCCGUAAUUGGUGGAAAUCCCUGUCGCUCGGACGCCAGCCAAUAGCGUCGUUUUAUUUCGACAGCCAAAUCAAGAUGGCGCCGUCUCCCCAGUAUGAAGUUAGCUAUAGACAAUUUAGUUUAUUUCGCAGCUGACUUCACCGUUAUACUCAUUAUUUUUAAAGUUGAGAGCCAAAGUGUAAAUCUCAAGAUGUAAAUAUUAACGUAAGUUUAUUUUUACCUCAGAUUAGCGAAUAAAUGCCCGCAAGCACAAGUAUAUCGAACGUUUAAGUUAAUUUAUUUUUUAUAUUGUUAUAAUUAAGAUGCUUUUAAAGAUGUAUAAAUUCGUAGUUUAUUUGAAAUUACAAUGAGAUUAUCGUUUCAUUUUUUACUUUUUAUAUUAGCCCUAGAUCGCUUAUCGUAGUAUUAUAAGUUGUAAUUUUUAGUUCGUACGAUCCUAUCUUUUCCGUCCAUUUUGUUUUGUAUAUAUGAGCAACCAGUGACUACAUACAGUUUAGAGGUAUGCCAAAGACUUGCAGUACGUCUUUAAAGUUUAAAAACAAUGGUUUUAGUUGAAACAGUAAUCGCCAAAGAGGUGGACUUUUCCAGGCUUUUUCUUUUAUAUAGGUACUUAUUGUAAAAUGAAUCGUUUUAUUGCAACCAUGUAUUUAAUGGCAAUACCAGAUUUUUUG